AUGGUGGAAUUCGAUUUGGACGAGGAAAUUCCUCGUUUUUCCCAUUCUCAGAAGGGUAACACCAAAAUUAAACUCGCUCUCUCUUCUCUCUCUGUCGUCUUCUUCUUCUUCUUCAUUCUUUCAAAUCUUCAGGACGCAUCUCUCUGGUUGUUUAAACUUGAAGCUUUGCGUGAAUGUAGUUGAUUGAUUCGUACGGAUAUGGACAUUCGGCCUCUUGCUUGUUAAGCCUCUCUAACAUCAAUCAUCAUUUUCACAUUCCAUAACAAAGCACGCGUGAUUGCUCGAAUCAUCUUGCUUGGUUCCUGAAACGUCUCUGGUACGUUCUUCGUCGAUUUUGCAUUUCAAGGACCUCCUCGAUUACAUAAAUGGUAGCACGAUCUCCAUCUCUUCCUUGCCAUUCUUUCCUCUCUCGCCAUGUUCUCUGGUUUCCCCAAUCCCCAUUCUCGGAAAUCAGAGAGAAGAUCAAACUCCCGGCGACCUGAUUCUUGGUUUUCCAUGACCGGCGGGAGUUUGCUGCCCAGAGUUGCACCAUUUUCAUUCAAAAGUUUCCUAUUUCUCGAGCAAGUAUUGGAAAAUCUGGGAAUUCUUGAAAUGCCUUUUAUUUAGGAAUAGUCAUAUUAGAGGUGAAUUUAGGGUAAAAAGGAAAAGAGUCCUUGUGAUUUGAAAUUUCAAAUUCAAACCCACAAUUGAAUUUGGGAGGAAAUUGUGGUGAAGAUGCAAUCCAGGGUGGUGGGAUUGGAGGAAGGCAAGGACCCUGCCACCAAUGCUAGACCAAGCCAAUCUAGGGUUUUUCCAUCGAGAAUCCUGCAGUUUCUUUCGGCCUUUUUGGUGGUGGCCAUUGCGUUUACAAUUUUGAGUGUAUACAUGAUUAGGUAUUUUGGAGUCCAGAGGGUAGUUCCAGCGAUACAGUCUACAAUUCAGGCAUGUUAUGGAGAGCCUGGAACUUUGGAGGGUUGGAUUAGGCCUCCAUUGAACCUACUGCAUAGUAUGAAUGACACUGACCUGUUUUGGCGGGCAUCUUUUGUUCCUCAAAAAAAAGAUUAUGCUUUUGAGAGAACCCCCAAAAUUGCCUUCAUGUUCUUGGCAAGAGGGCCAUUGCCAAUGGCACCACUCUGGGAAAGGUUCUUUGAGGGGCAGGAGGGGCUGUAUUCAAUCUACAUUCAUUCGAUGCCAGAUUACGAACCAACAUUCUCCUCUUCAUCAGUUUUUUACAAAAGACAGAUUCCAAGCCAGGUGGCUGAGUGGGGAAUGAUGAGUAUGUGUGAUGCCGAGAGGAGACUCCUAGCCAAUGCAUUGCUUGAUAUCUCCAAUGAAUGGUUUAUCCUCAUUUCUGAAGCUUGCAUUCCUCUUUACAACUUCAGUUUUGUUUACGACUACAUCUCAAGAUCCCGGCACAGCUUUAUGGGUUCAUAUGAUGAACUGGGACCCGAUGGAAGAGGGCGCUAUAGCCCAAACAUGGCACCUGAGGUCAACAUCACUGAAUGGCGUAAAGGCUCCCAGUGGUUUGAAAUCAAUCGUAAACUGGCAGUCGACAUCAUUGAAGACAACAUCUUCUACCCCAAGUUCGAACACUUCUGCAGACCAAAUUGUUACGUGGACGAGCACUAUUUCCCAACCAUGCUGAGCAUCCAAUCUCCACAUCUCUUGGCAAACAGGACGCUGACGUGGGUGGACUGGUCUAGGGGCGGCGCUCACCCCGCCACAUAUGGGCGGUCGGAUAUUGGGGAGCAGUUCUUCAAGAGAAUGUUCCAAGGCAGAAACUGCACUUACAAUGACCAGCCAUCUUCUGUUUGUUUCCUCUUUGCUAGGAAGUUCUCUCCCAAUGCUUUAGAGCCUCUACUGGAAGUUUCAUCCAAUGUCUUCGGUUACUGACCCAAAUCGCCUGCAUAAUAUUAACAUCACUGGGAGAAGCAAUCAAGAGGGAACACUCCUCCCUUGUGAAAAUUGCCUGGACUCAUCUCUUCUUAAUGUACAAAAGCAUUUCAAACACUAGAAGCUCAGGAACAUACACAUACUGCUUCAACAUCUUACUUAGACACAGUUGUCAAACAAAUGGUUUCCAUUAUUGGGAUCCAUGUAUUGUUCUCCAUUCAUAUCAUUCCACACAGCAUGUAUACACAAUCUUCUCAUUAUAGUUCAUAUUCCUGCUCAACAUCUGCAACAUUCUCUUUU